UACAAUUUUUUUUCUGGUUUUAAAUAAAAUCGAUGAUAUAGUAGACAAAAUUAUAUUUAAAAAAAAUUAUGCAGAUAUAGGACUAUAUACUAUACCCUAGGUUUGCCCCUUUUAAUUAACAGAACUACCACAGUUGACUCUUACACACAUACCGAACCAUCUUUUUGAUUUGUUCACUCGUAAUCACUCGUAUUCAUCGCAUAUCGACAUCGCCUCAAUCGCAAUUUCGACCUCACAAAGAAAACUGCGUAAAAACAAACAAGAUAAGUGAAAAAGUUAAUUUAGUUGUAAUAUCUACGAGAAUUGUUCAUAAAAGACCUGAAACUAGCUAGAGCAAGUUGCAGGACAUAAUGUUGGAUCUAGAAGUAGUUCCGGAACGGUCUCUAGGCUGUGAUAACUGGGAGUUUAUUCUCGGUAUGCAUUUUUCCCAAGCAGUCGCCAUAAUCCAAUCACAGGUUGGGGUCAUUAAAGGGGUGCAGGUUCUGUACUCCGAUACGACUCCACUUAACGUGGAUAUUGUUAUUAAUCUGCCUCAGGAUGGCAUUCGCCUUAUUUUCGAUCCUGUGCAGCAACGCCUCAAGGCGAUCGAGGUGUUCAACAUGAAGCUAGUUAAACUGAAAUACUACGGACUACCGUUUAACUCGCCCGAAGUGGUGCCUUCCAUCGAAGAAAUUGAGCACUCGUUCGGAGCCACUCAUCCCGGAGUCUACGAUGCUUCCAAGCAGUUAUUUGCUCUGCAUUUCCGCGGCUUGAGCUUUUACUUUCCCGUUGACAGUAAACUGCAACCGGGAUAUGCCCACGGCUUAGGAUCGCUUCAUUUCCCCAGUGGAGCUUCUCCGAUAGUUUCCAAAAUGGCAAUUUACUGCGGGGGCAGCGUGACCGAGAGCCGGCCUCCGCCACUUCCGUUGUCCUGCUACAAUCAGCAACUGUACUUGGAAUCUGCAACGGUCCUGCGAAACUGUGCUGGUACCCGUGGCUUGAGACUACAGCUGUAUACGGAAGGAUCACCACGCGCUUUGGAGCCCAGGAAGCAAUGCUUAACGCGUGAAGUCAUCUUCGGAGACAGCUGCCAAGACGUGGUCAGCAAUUUGGGGGCUCCUUCCAGGGUGUUCUUCAAGAGUGAGGACAAAAUGAAGAUUCAUUCCCCCAGCGCACAUCGACGUGUACAAACUAAACGGAGCGAUUUCUUUUUCAACUAUUUCACCCUUGGAGUAGAUGUUCUUUUCGAUGCACGAACUCAACGUGCCAAAAAAAUCAUAUUACACACCAAUUACCCAGGGCAUUACAAUUUCAACAUGUACCACAGAUGUGAAUUUAAUCUCCAGCUAGCUCCUGACAGAGUAAGCGAGGACACCCCACUGGAUUCUCCGGUGGCCAUAUCAGCCUACUCUAAAUGGGACAAUAUAUCGUCACGGUUGGCUCCAGCCGAGCGUCCCGUCGUUCUUCAUCGGGCUGGCUCGACCAAUACAGCCAACGUGUUCGGAUCGACGUUCUGUUACGGUUAUCAAGACAUCAUUUUCGAGGUAAUGCCAAAUAACUACAUUGCGUCGGUCACUUUGUACCAUCCAACACCCUACAAUGGGGACUAUGUCUACGGAAAUGUAAGUAACGCAAGUAGCGUUAGCAACAGCACUGGACACUUGCUGCAGGACAGCCAAAAAAGUAACAUCCGGGUCGGUGCAUAACCCUUGGUAUAUGACAAGCUUGAUAACUUAUUGUUCGACGUUGGGUAAAAAUUCAUCCACAAAAAUAUAUACGUUUUACUUACUA